GGUUUUGCAGGAGGGCCUGCACGCGGCGACGAUGGCGGAGAGCAGGACGCCGGCGGUGGUGGGGAGGAAGCUGCAGAUCAGGAGGAAGACGUGCAGCGUGGACAUGCGGAGCGCCCACCUGAACCUGGGCACCCCGGAGCUCAUGUCGCCGAUGAUGACCGACUUCGAGUCGCCCCAGAUCAAAGCUUCUCGCGACGUGGCGAACGUGAUGGCGGCCAAGGUGAAGCUGCUGCAGCGGGAGCUCAAGACGGUGAACGCCGACCUGGCCUUCUCCAAGGAGCGGUGCGCGCAGCUGGAGGAGGAGACCCGCCUGCACCGGGCCGGCAACCACGACCACGCCGCCAACGAGGACCUGGUACGGAAGCAGCUGGAGACGCUGCUGGCGGAGAAGGCGCGGCUGGCCACCGAGAACACGGUGUACGCCAGGGAGAACCGCUUCCUGCGGGAGAUCGUCGACCUCAACCAGCUAACCGUGGUCGGCCUCCAAGAGGACAUCAUCGAGGAAGAAGAAGAAGAAUACGAGGAGGAGGAGGAGGCCGAGCACGACACACCGGCCAACCCCGGCACUGCCCCUCCCAAGCCCCCCUCACAUCACACCAACAAUGUGCAUGUUGCUGCCGCACAGCCGCCCUCUCGCCGCACCGACAAUGCGGCUGUUCCUGCCCCACAGCCACCCUCUCGUCGCACCGAAAAUGCGCCGGUUGCUGCCCCACAGUCGCCGUCUCGCCGCGCCGACAAUGUGCCGGUUGCCACCCCCCCAUCCCCCAUCUCCCUGCACCGACAAAGCGCCGGAGCCGAGGAGCGCAGACAACAGCAGCAGCGCUGUCACCGGAGUUGCCGGGUCACCAAUGCACCGGAGUCCAAAGGAAGAUGAAGGUUCACAGCAGACAAACCCCAUUGAAGAUAAUUGCUCGCCGGAGAAGGCCUCCCCCCAGCAGCAGCAAUGCCAAGACUGACGAGCGGCCUUUGGUGUUUGCUGAAACAAUCAUGUAUGUACACGCACGCAUGUAGAGAAGGCCUCUUCGUCUCAUUUGUUACCUUUUUCCCCAGUGUAAUUACCAGUUCGCCUGUUCAAGGUGAGAUCUAAUAUGAGCAUCAUAUCCGUGGGUCUGUGAUUCUUAGUUCCUUUUGUAAUAUCAACUCUUUUUUCAUGAAUACGCAUUGUUGCAUAUCGUUCAAUUGAUAGGCGGAGAGAACGUACAAGUUGCCGAUCUGAGCAUGA